UCGCCCGUGGAAUAUCCGUCCCGGAAGACCAUGUCUCUCUUUUCUGCGUUGAUUCAGUUUUGCCGCGACGACAACAUCGACGUACCGAAUGUUCGAUCGGUUGCUAAUCCAACAGUGCUGUCGAAAUUUUCAUCGCCUUCAUCACCAUUGAAGAUUCGCCAUCUUCGAGACACCUGCUUCUUCGAUCGCCAAUUUUGCUAUACGGAUGGGGUCCGUCGAUACUUUACGAUUGAAAGUUUCCAAGGAGGGGAUGAAAGUGACCCGGUCACGUUAAUAGAUCGUCGAUAUUUUCGAUCAGAAUCGUGCAAAAGAGAUUGCGGUAUUUUUUCGUGUACAAAAGCGAGAAUGGUAUGCUCGGUGGUGCAUGAAGAAUCGAUUGGUCAACAUCCUGACUUUCCAACUGGAUUUCGUGCUCGAGAAUGAAAAACGAUUUCGAGAAAGUUCCACUUGUCGAUUGAUCUGAUUGGUCUUUGAAGAUGAUACUAAUCAAUCUUUUGAUAAUCCUCUCGAUGGUGCAGGAAGGGUUCAACAGGUACCUGGAGGGAAUGAACCUGAACCUGGGCGAUGCUUUGCAAUUUUUGAGAGAAUAUGACAGCGAAGCGUCCACGAUGUGCACCAGGGUGAUGACAGCACAGUGGAAUUUUGCUACAAAUGUCACUGAAACCACUCGUCGGAGAAUGUUAGAUGAACAAGCAUUAAAGUUGAAAUUUGAUCGAAUUUCCUGGCGCAAAGCAGUCAGCUUCGCCUGGAGUCGCAUACCUGAUCCUCUAGCAAGAAGAGAGCUCAAAAUGAUCGCCACAAAGGGAAGAAACGCUCUGACAGAUGACAAAUUCAACGAGCUGCACAGUCUGAUUGCUGAGAUGAAAGAGAUCUACUCGAGGACCAGACUGUGUCCCUACAAGACAGUAGGUUCUAACUGCAAUCUAAGUCUGGACCAUGACGUCAGUAAAGUAAUGGCGCGAUCAAAGGAUUACGAUGAAUUGCUGUAUUACUGGCACGCUUGGCACGAAGCCACUGGUCCUCAGCUUAAAAACAAAUACAUGAGAUACGUUCAGCUGGCGAAUCAGGCAGCCAAAUUGAACGGAUUUGAAGAUGCAGGUGAUCAAAUGAGGGAACUCUUCGAGGACGAGUACUUUCAGCAGAACGCAGCAGACGUGAUGUCAACGAUAAUGCACUUGUACAAGAACCUCUUCACGUACGUGAGGACAAAACUGUACGAAAGGUACGGCGACAGGAUCCGAAGAGAUGGUCCACUUCCGGCGCACAUCCUGGGUAACAUGUGGGCCCAAAAUUGGGAGGAGCUGUUCGACGUGGUGCAACCAUUUCCUGCAAGCAAGAGACUCGACGUCACAUUGGACAUGAUGAUUCAAGGAUUCACCCCGCUGAGGAUGUUCCAAAUAGCAGAGGAAUUCUUCACUUCCCUUGGAAUGAAGCCGAUGCCACCUGAAUUCUGGAGGUUCUCCAUGUUUGAGAAACCUAUUGACAGAGAAGCGAAGUGCACAGCCAGUGCUUGGGAUUUUUGCAACAGAAUCGAUUACAGGGUGAAACAGUGUACACGGGUCACGAUGGAGGAUUUGCUGUCAACUCAUCACGAGAUCGCUAAGAUACAGUAUUACUUGCAGUACAGGGAUCAGCCAUUAUUAUUUCGGAACGAAGCGAUUCCAGGAUUCUUCGAAGCAGUCAGCGACGCCAUCGAGUUAUCCGUCUCCUCACCCAAACAUUUGAGCAAACUUGGCUUGUAUGACAAUUCCACCGACGAUUAUGGAACGGACAUUAAUUUCCUGAUGCUGAUGGCUCUUCGCAAAAUUGCGUACAUGCCGUUCGCUUACAUAGUCGACGAGUGGAGGUGGCGUGUGUUCAACGAGGACGUUGGGGAUAUGACAAACAAAUGGUGGGAGUUAAGGCUGCAAUAUCAAGGGAUUGUGCCACCUGUGCCAAGGACCGAGAGAGAUUUUGAUCCCGGCUCGAAGUACCAUGUUCCUGCGGAUGCUCUUUAUGCCAAAUACUUCGUCGGUGUCAUCUUGCAGUUCCAAUUAUUUGAGUCCCUGUGUGAAAUCGCGGGGCAUACCGGUGACUUACAUAAGUGCGAUUUUUAUAGAUCACGAGAAGCUGGACGAUUAUUAUCGGACGUGUUGUCGAUCGGUUCAUCCAGAUCGUGGAAGGAGGUUGUAAGAGAAAUGACACGAGGCAGAACGAAUAGAAUGGAUGCUGGAGCGAUGUUGAGGUAUUUCGAGCCCUUAAAUCAAUGGCUGAAACGACAAAACGAAAUGGAACCAGUUGUUGGUUGGAUAACUAAUCGUGAGGACACAGGUGUGUUUUAUCAUUCUAUACAGAAGAUUGUAGAACAUAAUAUCUACAUUUCUUUUCACUUAUUUCAGCCUUGUUUUUUCACUGGUACCAAAGUGGAGCUCAACAAGUCACCUCAUGCUUAUUUCUUCCAUUGGUUUUAAUUUUUACACAGAUUUCUAUAUAUUAAACUGCAUUACUGUAUAAAGAAGAAAAAUGAUCGUGUACAUACUUCAUAGCAACUUAGAACAGAUCAGUGAAGUAACAAACAAAAGAAUAUUUAUAUAUUUAUUGUACAAUUAAUCUUUCUUAGAGAGUUUGUGUAAUUUCUAGGAUAUUAAGCCAGCUUUUAGUUUCCUAACAAAGUUGUUUAAAUAUAUAAAAAUGUGCAAGCUUUUAUUUCAAAUUUUGAGAAUGGUGCUGUUAGUGCCAUCUAGCAAAGAGUGAAUGGACUAAGGAGAAAAUUUGAAAUCUUUUAAUAAAACAAGCUAUAUUUUAACUUUAUUCAAAAUAGUACAAUAUUUUGCAAUCUCUAACUUACAUAAUAUCACAGCUUUCUUAAAGAGGCAGUUUCACAUAAAGACACAAUGUCAUUUGUAGUAAUAGGUCAUCUGUACCAAAGAAACCAAAUUUAGAUGACUGUUUAUUAAUAUUUGACAUUAUAUUUUGACUUAUAGUUUGUCAAAUAUUGUACAUUAAUUACAU